AUGGCAGAUCCUCCGCGAAAGGUCCGCUCUGCAUGUCGAAGGUGUCGACAGAAGCGCAUCAAAUGCGAUGGUGGCAUUCCUGCCUGCGGGAACUGCGCCCGGGCCAAAGUUCCUUGUGUCGACGUCCAUGGCGGCAAUAACCACCUAUCUAUACCGCGAGACUUCGCAAUCAAAUGCGGAGCACGGAUUCAGUGGCUAGAGGAUUCCCUGCGCUCAUUAAAUCCCGACUUUGACUUGACCCAGGGCCCACGAGUCAACAUGGAAUUUAUUGAGACCUUGUCUUCACGAGAAUCUCACCCAAAUGAGACCUCUAUCCGAGAGGAAGAGUCGGUGAAUAAGAGGUCUCAUUCUACGAUGGAGGAGUCUGAAGUGGGCUCGCCUCUUUCGAUCAAGGCACGCUCGGUUGCGAUCGAUCUAGGCAUGCUCUCGUUGCAGUCUGACUCGCGUCAGCAGCAUUAUCUAGGCUCUUCAUCGGGUUUGCUGUUUACGAAACUCGUUGGGCUGGAUAGCGAAUUUCAAUCACCCAAAGACACAGUCGCCCUCAACGACAUUGUUAAAGCACGCAGAUCACCACCAAGGAUACCUACCGAAAAGUUGAAGUCCAUUUACAAAAGCCUGAGCAAGGAGAUUCCCUCGCCUGAAGAGGCUACCAUUUUGUUUGGCAUAUAUUUUCAAAACAUUCACAUCGACCAGCCAUUCUUGCACCCGGCGUCUUUGGUAAAUGCCUACCAAGCCUUAUACACAUGCUCCCAAGAGGGGUACGAUGACUCGGUCGAUAUCAAUGGUUGGAUUGACUCCGUGGGUCCAUUUCCAUACAAUGGCAAGAUCGAUUUCGUACUUGGGAGAAGAGUUUCUCCCAUUUCUAUCUCCACGGCCGUGUAUCACAUCUUCAUGGCUUUCUCGCUCGCCGCCACUGUUCUGACACGAAAGAAAAAUUACGACUAUUCGCCUUCCAAAUUCUAUCGUAUGGCAAUGUCUACGUCCUCGGAAUGUUUUUCUCAUAUUUCAGUGCACUCCCUUCAAGCUAUGCUUCUGCUGGCAGUUCAAAGUUUGAUUGAGCCUGCAGGUGUCGAUGUGUGGACAUUGUCGCAUGUUGCCAUGGCGCACUGCAUUGACUUGGGCCUCCAAAGAGAGCCAGGUGGAACUUCAACGGAUGAUUCUGCUGUCGUAGCCACGGUGCAAAGAUUCAUUUUUUAUACAGUCUACUCGCUUGACAGAUCAAUAGCCACGAUCCAAGGCCGUCCAUUAGGCAUUCGCGACGAAACCUUCGACAUCAAACCCCCUGCCGAAUCAGAUACCAUUGAAAUGAUCACCAUACCAAACAGCGAGCUUCCAGUUCAGCUUCCUCCUCCUCAACACCUCGUCCUCACCCUUUGCCGAUUCAAACUGGAUCGGUAUGUCUCCGAAAUCAAACUACUCCUCUACCAUCUUCCAAAUCUCCCAACAGCCACUCGAACAUUCGUUUGGCCCACGAACAUCUCAGAAAUCCAAUGCCAAAUUAAAUCAGAUCUUGACGACUGGCUAACAGACGUGUCAAAUGUUUCCCCUUCCCCGAACAUGGAGGAAGAAGAGAAACUGAAACUCCACUACGAAAAGCUGCGAAUGGAGCAGCUAUAUCAUAACACGGUCGCUCUUCUUUUCCAACCAUCUCAGAUGUUCCCCUCGCCAAGCCAAGAUGCCCUAUUCCUGUGCUAUCACAGCUGCAGUCGACGUUUGCAGGUAUACGACACCCUCAGCAACCAGGAAAUGCUCAUGUACAACUGGCGCAAUAUUCACGGAAUCUUCUCCUCAGGCGCCACGAUUGUAUAUUGCAUCUGGGCAUCCCGUCAUCUCCACAAUACAGUUCCCUUCGAAAAAAUCCUGCGCGACCUCCGGACCUGUUCGAACCACCUCAGUAUCGGAAGCCAAUGGUGGCCCUCUGUACGAGCCGGCAAAGAAAGUUUCGAGAAAAUGAUCGACCUGAUGAUCAAGUUCCUGAGCUGUGCACAAAAUCCGGUUCCGCCAGCGUUGCCGCCUGCGCGAAGAUAUGAAUCCUCAAACUCGGUUGAGAAUGAGAUUCCUGUUACCGAAGUACUUCGAAUAGGCUCGGGAUUGGAGCAUCCCAUUCAGCCUUUGAAUGAUGGCCAUGCACAUUUCGAUAGCAUGGAUUUCUCCCCGACGGCAUUUGACUCAUUGAAUGCCUUUGGUGCGGAUGAACCGUCGAUUGAGGCUGCAAUGGAGACGUUUAUGGCUGAUUACCUGCAUGAUGAUUGGGGCUGGGAUCCUUUCUCGGGGUCGAUUGGCUUGUGA